UUGCAGGUGAGGGUAGGCAAACUAUCCCACACGCCCAAACGGCCACUGCAGCUCCACAUUUACAACUGAAAAUAGAAAAAAAAAUGCUCCAGGGGGCAGUUAGGGUGAUACAGUGCUGAGCUAACAUUACCUUAAAGGACUCAGUGCAACCUCAAGGGUGUGAUCACAGGAGCAGACAGAGAGUGGGAGGGCAGGAUCCCAUUGUUUCUAUCCAGAAUGGCUCCACACUUGCUGAAAGGUUGAACAUGAAGGAUCUAUACAGGGCUGUUAUCUGAUGUGGAUAAGUGCGGUACAUAAACUGUAUGAGUAACAGACUGGCUUCACACAGACAGGUCCCUGUACGUCUCACAGUGGACAUACUGAAGCUUCUUUCUCUUCUGUUGCUACUUGUCAAGACAACACUGCCUGCAGCAGCAUGUUGCAGACAGUCAGUGAUUGGCUGUGGUGGGAGCGUCUGUGGCUGCCAGCAAACAUCUCCUGGUCUGAUCUGGAGGACACUGAAGGUCGUGUCUAUGCCAAAGGCUCUCAACUUUACGCCGUCCUGCCCAGCGCCCUUUGCUUGCUCUUCAUCAGAUAUUUGUUUGAGAGGUACGUGGCCACACCACUGGGUAAUGUUUGGGGAAUCAGGGACAGAGUACGUCUCAAAGCAGAACGAAACCCCUUAUUAGAAAACUACUUCUGCAACCAAGCACGAACUCCAUCACAGGCCGAUGUGAGGGCUCUGUGUAAGAAGACCACCUGGUCAGAAAGGAGAAUUCAAGUCUGGUUCAAGAGGCGGAGGAACCAGGAGCGUGCAGGGCUUCGGAAGAGGUUCUGUGAGGCCAGUUGGAGAUGUGUGUUUUAUUCUUUUGCGUUUGUCUACGGAGUCCUAGCUCUUUAUGAUAAACCUUGGCUUUAUAAUCUGAAGGAGGUUUGGGCAGGCUUCCCUAAACAGUCCAUGCUGCCAUCUCAGUACUGGUAUUACCUCUUGGAAAUGGGCUUCUACCUUUCUCUGCUGUUCAGCCUCACGUUUGAUGUGAAACGGAAGGAUUUCAAAGAGCAGGUGAUUCAUCAUUUUGCCACGCUGACUCUUCUGGGUUUCUCCUGGAUUUCUAACUACAUCCGUAUUGGAACCCUUGUGAUGGUGGUUCACGACUCCGCUGACAUACUGCUGGAGGGUGCAAAGGUAUUAAACUACGCCAAGUGGCACCACACUGCCAACACCUUGUUUGUGGUGUUUACAGUUCUCUUUACACUGACAAGACUUGUCAUCUUUCCUUUCUGGUUGAUCCACUGCACAUGGGUGUACCCAGUGGAGGAGUUUGCUCCCUUCUUUGGCUACUACUUCUUCAAUGUGAUGCUAGUGGUUCUCCUGACACUCCACCUCUACUGGGCUUUUCUCAUAGCACGGAUGGUUUACAAGUUAAUCUUCACCAAGGUGUGUUCACAGCUGGAAGGCGAUGACAGGAGCGAUGAAGAGGAGGAUGACAGUGACUCAUCGAAGGACAGAAACCACAAACUGAGUCACAUAAAUGGGUCUGGAGCCAGAGGCCGGGCCAAUGGACACUGACACACACAGACUGACAGAAACGGAGAGAGAGAGAGAGAGAGGAAAAUGGACAGCAGACACAUGGGAACAUUCAGCCUGGAUCGCAGCUGAAUCUAAUUGUUUAUAUACACUUGAGGAGAGAAAAUGAUUUCUACAGGAACUGUGAGGAAUUAUUCAUAAACUGAUUUGAAGCUGCAUGGUUUUCUGGAUUUCACUGAAUUCAGAACCUCUGAUAACUUUUCUUAUUCUACUCGUAAUUAAAAAUAGAGAAGGACUAAUUUAAUAUGCUGUUUUUGCAUUUUUGUAUAUUGUUAAGAAUAAUUUUGAUGCUAAUAACAAUAUAUUAAUUACUCACAUGUCAGUAUGUGCGUCUAUGUGUUCAUUUGUCAGUGUUGUGGAGUACUACUAACUACUAGUACUACUAACUACAUUUAGCUCAAUUACAAGACUAACUUUGCAGUAGUUGGGUGGCAGUUUAAGUACAUUCAAAUCUCAGUAGCUUUUUCAGUAGAAAAGUACUUUGUAUUCUCUUGAUGUUUUUUGCCAUAACAUAUUUCACAGUGCUACAGAUUCAGGGUGUCUACAAAUUUUAAGUUAAAUUUAAGACUUUUAAAUAUCUUUUUAAUACCACCUCACUAUGAAAUUUAAGACCAAACUUGCAGUUGAAAUACACAUUAUAUAUAUUUGUGUGUGUGUGUGUGUGUGUGUGUGUGUGACACACAUACGUAAGUAUUCUUUCCAAGUAAACACACUAAUGUGAGUUCAAAAUGAACACUAAGGACAACAAAUAGGUGAGUUUAAGUUUAAUGUGUUUAAUGUAAAAAGUAAACAGAAUCUUAUCGCUGU